AUGAAUGACAAGACCAACCGCUUUGUUCAGCCCAAGGCCGCCAAGGGCUCGAAAGCAGUCGACAUGGAUGCCAACUCAAGUGAUGAAGAGAACCCUGGCAGACCUUCAGUAUUUGCCAUGCCCGGUGACGAGUGGGAAGACGAAGACGAGGAUGUGGACGUCGAGCAGAACGUGGAAGCGCCGAACACCGCCGACCCCGUCAACAACGCUGCCAACAAAGACGAUGAUGAUGAGAUCCUGUAG